CGUUUGUUGUUAUUUACCAUUUCGUGAACAAACUGAUUUUCUGUUGUAAUUUCGCCUAAAAUCUCGUUUCUUCCCCGCCCGCGAUGGCCAUCUUCGCGCUGGACCAGUUUCCGGACGUGUGCCGGAUGUGCGUGCAGCCCAAGCCGGUGGGGGAAAUGAUCCCGUUGGAGAGCAUUACCCUGGAAGGUGUUGGUUCGCAAACGCUGCUGCAGCUGCUCAAUCGACUUACGUUCGAGGCGUCCAAGGACAUUUCCGACCACCUGCCCAGAGCGAUCUGCUCCGGCUGCUUUUCCACUUUUGAGUUUGUGUGUCAGUACCAGGCGAAAGCGACGAUGACGGGGAAACUUUUGGUCGCUUUGGCCAGCCUCAAACUUGGGAAUGAAGGGCCGAUUGUUCGAUUGUUUGGAGCCGAACGGGACGCGUUGGUCAGGCUGAUUCGAGAGUUGAAUCUCUGCAGCAAGGAGGAAGUUUUGCUGCAAGAUUUUCUUGAACAGUUCAAACGCAAGAAAGCGCCUGUUCAGAUAAAGUUGGAAAAUGAUGCUACUCAACAGGUUGUGAGGGAAAGUAAGCCCGAGGACGUAGAAUACUACAAUGUUGAGUAUAUCGAAGAGGAUGGGAGUGCGUCGGUGCAACGUCACCAUCAGGAAGAAGCGAAGGAAGAUCCUGAACCGUUCGCCGAAUUUCUUGAAGAUCCUGAAGAACCAGAAGAGUUCCUUCAAGACGAGCACGAAGAAUCGCUCGAGUCAAACGAGCAACCGCAGAAAAUAAGGCCCAAAACGAGAAUGAUGCAGUGCUCUUACUGCAAAUACCGAACCACCUCCCAGGAAAUGUUCCAAAGUCACGUUGAUCGGCACGAAAACCCCGACGACCGGAAUCCCUGGAAGUGUUCGUUCGCCAACUGCGACGAAGUUUACCCCACCAAGGACGAGCUGCUGCGGCACAAGAAGGAAAUGCACUCCAAGUACGUGUGCGACAUCUGUGGCCUGGUGUUGAAACAUAAGUACACGCUGGAGGUGCAUUUGCGGCGGCAUAAAGGCGAGAGCAAGUACCCGUGCCAGUACUGUCGGACGGCGUAUUUUACCUCGAACGAGCUAAAGUUGCACAUGAGCGUGGUGCACCUGAGCUUGGUGGAUUUCCAGUGCAACGAUUGCGGGCUGGCGUUUAAAAACAAGAAGUCCCUCCUCCUGCACUCCCGCACCCAUUCCGAGCAACGCAGUUACCAGUGUGAGGAGUGCGACAUGAGCUUUAAAACAUCCGCCCACCUGCGGCGACAUCACAACACAGUGCAUCGGGCCAUCAAAUUUAGCUGCUCACUUUGCUCGGUCAGUUACGGCCGCAAGGACAAGCUGCGGAUGCACAUGGAACGGACCCACAACAUUCAAACAUACUUCCCCUGCGACAUCUGCCUUAAAUCGUUCAGCUCGGCGGCCGACCUGGCCGAGCACAAGGCGCACCACGCCCGGCCAAAGGAACUGGAGUGUGCAACCUGCCUGGUGGCGUUCCUCAACCGGAAGGAGUUCGACGAUCACCUGUGUAUCACCUAUCGGGACAGUUACGAGUGCUGCGGGCGGGAUUUCAAGUUCCACCUGCACUUUAACAAGCACAUGUUUUUGGCUCAUGGGCUCAAAACGAACGUCCGCGUCAAACCGGCAGCGAACCAGCUGAUGAGUGCGGUCAGGGCUGCCCGGAAGCCGGUGGAAAGGUGCGUGCGCUGUGGUCGGGUGUUUCCCACGAGAAAACUCAAGAAAGAGCACAUGCAGCAGUGCGCUGAAUUGAUUCCGUUUGGAGAGGAAGAAGUGCUGGACGAGGUUGGGAUGGGGCAACAACUUCAGCAGCAGCAGCAACAGGUAGAGUAUUGUGAAGUGGUGGAUGGUGGGACGAUUCGGAUGGUAAAUGCAGUGGACUAUCAGCAAAACAUUGACCAGAUUGGACCGGAUCAUAUGUUAGUUAAGCUGGAGCAACACUAGAUGAGCUAUUGCAGUUUUCACCUUUUUGAGGUUCCGCCCAGCAACAGCGGCAAAACAGAUAAUUAAAUUCAUAACUUUGUCAUUCACCUCGCCACCAUCAAUCAAAAUGCUCGGUUGCACCAUCGACGAAAAAAAGUGUUUUCUCUAAAUUGUCGAAAAACGAAAACCAAUUAACGACCCACCACCACAUGGAUCGUUAAAUGAUGCGGCAGGAGGUGACAAGUGGUUUAUGAACUGUUGAAAUUUUUAAUUUCUUUUAAAUUAAGGG